AUGCAGGUCGUCCUGGACCAGAACCUUAACACGUAUAAGCUACAAUUCAAGCGUGCUGGAGGUGAUUGGACCGACAUCUGCUGGGCCGUGGUGAGCACCUACGCUCUGGGGUUCGACCUGUUCACUGGGUCCCAUCAUGCAAACGUCAACCAUGAUAUCAGAACCGUGACGCAACCGGCUCCUCUUGGAGACUCAAUGCAACAAGUCUUCACUGACGCCCCGAGUCUUUUCAACCAAACAAAACCAAUCUUUCUUAUUUUUGGCGUUGACAACUUCACAUUCAAAGUCAGAGACGAGCCCGCCAACUGGGUGGUGCCGGACGAAGAUUGGAAGGACGUGACUGACAGUACAACGAAGAAUGACGCCUCAAUCAUGGCACUGGUAAUUUGGCCUCGACCAAAUCUCACGGAUUCAUUCCGUGUCUCCUUGUAUACCUGUGGAGAUGUCAGACAGAAUCCGCCAGAAAAGAGGCUCAUAAAGUGGAUGAAUUUCCAGAGUAUAUGUGGGGCAAGCAACAUGGGCAUCCAAGUAAGUACAUGUGCAUUCGAUGACUACAUCACAAGAGAUUCUAACGGCCAAGGCUUCGCUGUGGUAUACUGCUUUCUCGCAUUAGCCCAACUUAUGCACCAGCGAAAUCCACAACAAGAUCAUGCUAAAAUGAUUUGCACACGGCACCCGUAUUGGUUGACGUGGACCCCAAGCGAGUUGGGUUCAGACGACUUCGAUCCUUUGACAGUUUUCGGCUGGGGAGACACCGCCUUAGAUAUUCUCAAAAUAUUUCAACAGCUCAGCCAGCCGAAUGACAACCACUUUCUCCGAGAUUACCUAAAGAACAACUACGAGGCUGUAUUCCAAUCCGCCUUGGGUUAUGCUUACCUCGGUCGAGCUGAGGAUGUUACAAAAAAAGACUUUCUCGACACAAUCAACGAUGAAGCAAAUAGAAACCAUCCCAUGAAAUCAACCCCUUGGCCCUCGCUAGUAGCGGGGAAAAGGGCGUUUCUGACUAAUACCAUUAGAGAGAUCCGAAAUCUAAUGGCACCAACCAUGGUAGGUUUCUUAGAGCCAGGAUCCGACAACACCAGAGGUUUCCAAUGGAUCAAACUUGUGGCCAGAGGAGACAGCCCCGUUAUCGAAAGAGAGCAACAGCGUAUAAGUGACACAGUCCUCGCUAUAAUUAAAAAGGGUGCUCAAAUCUUCAAGGGCGCAAACGAUCUAGCGUGGGCCUGGGAACUUGACCAGCAGGCGAGGACCACUGACCCAAGGCUUACAAAAGCCGUAAACGCUCUGAGGACUUUAUAUAACCCCGAAAAGAACCCUCCGACAAAAAUGAAGCCCAAAAUUGUUGGAGACGAGAACAAGAUAACACCUCCACCAGGAUUUUCAUCGGUAGAGGAGUGGAUUAGCUCUGUGCUCACUCAGGGGUUGACCGAGAAAGUUGACAUCGGCCAUGAAGUGAAUGAGGUUCUUACAGAAACUGAGUCAGUCUGUGCUAAGUGGUUUAGCGACUGCUUCACAUGCGCCGCAUUCCUUCGACUGGUAGGGAACAAGACACAGGGGAAACUAUCGCUGUCACAAGCAGACAUUCUUCUUAGACCCAAUCCAGAUGACUCUGCAACCAUAACCUUGUCAACAUCACAAGAUUCACGGGCCAAGCAAUUCGGAGCCGAAAAUGUUUCAAAUCAGUCUCUACUCGGGUUUGACAAUAACUUUCAAGGUCUCCUUUUUGCGAUCAAUGGCUCUCACGUUCUCACGAUGGCCCAGUUGGCGAUGAUAGUCAGCUUUCCACUUUCUGGCAAUGAGCUGAUAUCCAAGCUAUUCAAUAUCUUGCAGCUUUCGACGUAUGAGGGAUCUCGCUCAGGUAUUUGGUUUAUGCCACAGUUCAACUCCAGGACCAUUAUGCGUCUGGCCAUGAAACCCAAGAGUCAGAGUGAGCUUGACGAACUCACGAAGCUACUUGGUGAAAAGCUUGGACCUAUUACAAUCUCCGCUGUCACAGCCAUUGGAUCAUGCGCUGUAGAGACACGAGGCCCUAUUCACAGCGAGACAAAGGCCACACUUGGUUUGCAAUUCGAUGUUUCCUGGACAAGGCCAGAGAGUGGUGUGCCGACGUUCGAGGGCAAGGCAUCCAUCGACUUCUCAGCCGACGGAUUCGAUAUCAGCUUUAAACUCACGAAUAGCGGUGACGUAUUGGACUCACUGUUGGCCUGGGCAAAGACAUUCAUGGGUGGUAAGACUGGCCAAGCUCUGAGGCCAAGCGAGUCAUCUACGCCCUCUAUAAGAGAGCGCUUGUCCCAAACUCUGGAUGGGACCAACAUCGUGGUCCACAGAGUCUCAGUAGUCUUCGACAAGACCAUGAACCCUGUUCGGUUUGAAACUAAUCUUGAAAUUGACGCACGCUUCUCAGAGGACACAGUUCCUUUUUUCGCAACAGUGCGCUGGAAGAAUGGAGCUUUUGACCUUGAAGCAGAAACCUGGCCAAUCUCACUCUGGGGUAAUCCUUCCACAGCCAGACUGCACCCUUUCUACGAGGAGACAGCAUUGAUGGGGCCAAGCAUUGCUGAUCCAGUUUAUGAGAUCAAACUCGUUAGCCUUCUUCAUCUUCCAGCGGGCGUUCAAAUACCUCCUGGCUUACCGGAUAAGGUGACACAUGUUGAGAUGAUGAUUGGGUUCAGCCAUGGCCAAACAGUUGCCUCGUUCUCUACCGUUUUGGAAUGCGAGUCACCCGAGCAGCAAUCUGGUCCAGAGAAUGAAUCUUCCGUCCCUCUACUGAGUCUACAGAGAGUGAACUUGGACUUGAGUGUAGGAUUCUCAAAUCGCGGUUCGAACGAGGUUGAUAUACGGCUCGAUGCCUAUUUGAAACUCUCUGUGCCGCCCGGGUAUAAAUUUCCUGAAGCUUCAGAGCCAACCCAGUCUCUUGUAGACUUUAUCAUCUUGUAUCAAAGAAGAAGCCAGGGAUAUGAGUGGCUGGCGUCCGCGAGCAUCGAGAACCUGAGAGUAGCACAUCUGUGUGAUUUGUUCGCUAGAGACGGGUCCAAUCACGCAAUCCUUGAUGUUAUGGGAGGUAUCAACAUCGCCCAUGCCAGCAUUAAGCAUCUAUACAGUGGCAAAACUGCACUUGAUAUCAAUGGAAGUCUGCACCUUGGCCCAGAGAAGUCCAAGCAUGUUGUGAAACUCGAUUUCAACUUCAGUCAUAAGGCUCAAGAAAGGAAUUGGACUUUUACUGCCAGUUUACGCCCUUCUUCUAGCAAGGAUACUGUCAAAAUUAGCACUUUACUCAGCGGAUUGGUCGAUGAGACAGAGUUGCCUGGUUUCUUGAGAAAUAUGCAAGUGCCCAUGGACAAGUUGAAGGCCGAACUCAGAUGUGGCAAGACAACACUCAGCGAUCAAGGGGCUUACGUGCUCUUUUCUCUCAGCAUCACCAUCGGUGACUUCGUCCUCUCGCUCGCACAGCUCAGGUCAAUCAAAGCCGCCAAAUUGAGUGCUCUAGCGAGGGAGAACAACCAACUAGUGUCUGGUACUUCAGAUGAUACUGGGCCAGCUAAGAUCAUUAGGUUCACAGUACCUUCUAUUGGACAACUUCCGGAAAUGCCCAUCGUUGGAGCCGUCAAGCAGCCUUUCGACCAAUUGGGUAUUGUCUGGGCGAAUCGCGCACUAAGCAAAUCCGAAGUCGACUUCUUCAAUAAGAAUGUCCCCAUGCCUGUGUCGCUGCAAAGUAGAGAUAAGAAUGGAACUUUGGCCCGUGGCCUGCACUUCCAGAUCUUCCUUUUAGGUGAUAAACCAAGGCUCAUCCUUGACCACGUUUCUGCCAGGAGAGAGCCCAAAAGGAUAUUGGCCAGCAAUGAGACAUCUCGUCUUCAAGACCAACGCAAGCUCAUCACAGGAGAACCCCAACAUUCUGGUAAGACCAUUGCGCCCAUGUCCAAGACUAUGGGUCCUCUAUCUAUUAGUAGCAUGGGGGUCUCUGUAUCUGGGAAUUCCUUCAGUAAUAUACUUGUAUCUCUCGACGCAACCGCCAACCUUGGAGAUGUCACACUGAAGAUGCUCGGUCUCACUCUCGCCAUCAAUCUGGAGGGUAUCAGGACCUUGGAAGGCUUCAAAGACUUGAAAUUCAGGCCCGGCAUUACUGGCAUUGGUGUUUCUUUCGAAAAGUCUCAACUUCGGCUGGCGGGCUUAUUCACCCCCUUUGGCAGCACAGAAGACUCAGAAAAUGGAUUUAUGGGUGCCAUAGCCGUCUCAAUUGACAAAUGGUCAGCCAUAGCGGCGGGAAUGUAUACCGAGACCAAACCGGAAAAGCUCAAGUCCAUGUUCGUUUUUGGAGCAUUACGCGGCACUAUCUUCACAGUUGGCAGCGUGGAAGUCAACAGUCUCACAGGCGGCUUCGGUUAUAACUCAAAACUCAGACUGCCAUCAGUAUCUCAAGUAGCUCGGUUCCCAUUCAUAGCCAUGAAUAGUAGUAUCUCGUCACCUCCAGGGUCACUAACAGAACAUUUAUCGACCUUGAGGAGCGGGGGCAAAGAUGCUUGGGUAACCAUAGCUCCGAACAAAAUGUGGCUCGCUGGUGGUGUUGGGUUCAAAGCUUUCCAGACGGUAGAUGCCCAAGUUCUCAUCGCUCUCACACUGGCCGACGAGCCGAAAUUUGCGAUCCUGGCUCAAGCCACUGCAGUCUUUCCUAAGGGAAAGAGUCAAGAACGAGCUUUCCUUGUUCUAGAUAUCGAUAUCGCUUCUGAGAUCGAUCCUCUACAUGGAACAAUUUUAGUGGCCGGCGAGCUGACCCCAAAGUCAUUCAUCCUCAACCCUUCAUGUCGCCUCACGGGAGGGUUCGCGCUUAAGAUCUUUCUUGAAGGGUCUCCCCACUCAGGAGAUUUUGCAUUCACUGUUGGUGGCUACAGCAACCAAUUCUCUGUACCUUCACACUACCCAGCAGCCCCUUGUCGUGUCGGAAUCAUGUGGCGCUACGACUCGCAGAUCUAUAUCACAGGCUCGGCAUACUUUGCCAUUACACCUCAAGUAGCAAUGGGUGGUGGUAGGAUGGACCUUGUAGUCGACAAGGGAUGGGUUCAUGCUGUCUUCUCCGCCUGGGCAGAUUUCUUUAUUCAUUAUCACCCUUUUAGCUUUGCCCUUGAAGUUGGAAUCACGCUUUGGAUCGAGGUCAAUCUCCCUGCACUCCUUUGCAGGAUACAUCUCGGCCCUAAAGAGUUUUCCGCUCGUCUUAGCCUUCAUGGUCCACCGAUGGCUGGAUUUGUGCAUCUGCAUUUCUGGACUUACAACACUAUCGUCACCUUUGGUCCUCAGUUGUCCAGGCCAUCUCCUCUUUCUUGGGGCCAGUUCUUGUGCAUGGUCAAGAACCUACCAAUUGAAUCCUCUACUUCCGAUGAGAUGAAAGCCCUGAAUCACAUGAUGAGAGUUACCAAAGGUGCCGUACCUAUACAUAAGAGCGCAAUGCCAAGCAAUAACGACAAAGGCAGUCAGCAAGCAGUCGAGAUCCGUGCAACACACGUUGAGUUUGAGGUCCAAGCUCGAGUCCCGGUCCUCUCAGUCACGGUGGGUGUACUUGAUCAUAUUGUGAUCGGAGGUUCUUCUUCACUAUAUGCACGGCCAAUGCAGCAAGGAGCCAUUGCAGAGUCGCACCUCAAAAUCUACCUGAAGCAUAAAGUCACAACUCUACCGGACGUAGAGUUACAGAUUCAGAACGUGGUCAUGAAAAAGGUCGCACCAGCUCUUUGGGGGGAGUACAAGGACACUCAUCCGUCUACGGUUGCCUCCGAGGCAAUGAUAGAUCAUGCCAUGGCCCUAGAUAUCCGAGUGAAGCCAAGAGACCCGUCGGGUGAGAAGCUGCCGGCGAUCGAUAUCGCCCAGUUCAACAAGACAGAUUUGAAACAUGGAAAUAUUCAACCCAUCACAAGCGAUGUAAGGGAGCGAUUCAAACGUCUCGAUACAGGAGCUGAGCCUAUAGGGCAUACACACUUGCUCAAUGCUAAGCGUAUUGCCAAGGAGCAAGAUAAGCGACCACAAUGGGUUCAGGACUUGGUAUAUAGAGAAUAG